AUGGCCGCCGCGGGUGCCAGGAGGAAGGAACCCACGUCCUCAAGAAGAGGUGGGAGCGCGCGACCUCAGGAAGAGGAAGGUGACCGCGCCCUAGGUUUCCUCUCCGUUUUUGCUGUGAUGGCCGCGCGCGCGGAGCUGGCACCCGCGGCGGCGGUGGAGGGCUGGGACGGCGAUUUUUGCGCGAUGAAGAAGAGUGCUUCUUCUGUGGAUCCGGCGCAGACGCACGUCCCUCACCACUCGCGGUCGACGUCGUCUCCGAUUCCUGGUUCGACGUGCUCAGACUCCCCGUUGCCUCCGCUGCCUGCUGCGCUGCCGGCCUAUGCGCGAGCCGCAUCGGGCGGGCAGACCGUCGCCGGCUCGCUGCGGCCCGCGUCCUGCGAUGCACCUGCGCACGCGUCCCCCGCGCUGCCGCUGGCGGAGGCGUCGCUCCCCUGCGAGGCCGGGCGCGUCUCGCCGCCCUCGACUUCGCUGAAGAACGCCUCUGCGCGUCUCUCGGCUGCCCUCCCCAGUGUGACCCACGGCGACCCCUGGCGGACGGAGGAAGGCUGGCGAGCGCCGGAGGCGGCCGGGGGCCCGCCGGAGCGAUGUGGGCGCGCGCGAGACAGGACAGGACUCGGCGCGCAGACGCGCGUCUGCUCGUGCCCUCGUUUUCGCGUCGGUGGCGCGGCCGCAGACCUGCGGCCGCGCGUGGGUGCGCACCGGUCCUCGUCGUGUGUGGGUCUUCCGCCCCGCUGCGCGCCGCUCACUCCAGCCUCCUCAUCUUUUCCAUCUCCGCCGGUCGCGCCGCCGCCCGACGCCUCACUGUCGACGACGUCGGCUUCUUCGCCUACCUCGUCGUCGGGCUCUCCGCGCGCCUCGACCUUCUCCACGGCCUCGCAGGUGGGCGGACACGAGGAGGGCGGGCCGUACAUUCUGUACCUGGAGCCCUCGCCGGCGUCUUCGCUUCACCGGCUGCUGAACGACCACGCGCGAAUGAUCGCAGAGGUCUGGGGUCCCGACCCCGCGCUCUGCUACCCGCCGCACUGCUCCCUCUCGGGCUUUUUCAAAUGCGCCGACAUCGAGGCCGUCAAGGCGUCCCUGGUCGCGCUUUUCCACGCCGAGGGCGACGCGCAGGCGCCGGCCUCGCCCCGCGCCGACGCACGCACCGCGGAGACCGGCACAAGGGAGGAGCGCGGAGAAAGAAGGGCAGGCGCCGAGCGGAGAGGGAACGAGAAGCGAGAAAGCGCAGGCGGCGAAAGCGAAGAGGGAGUCCUCCUGGGCACAGGAGCUCGCGAGGGAGAGGAGGCAGAGGGUGGUGCGAGCAGGCCACCCAGCCGCGCCUUCCGGGUAGCGGAUCCUGAGGCGGUGCCACCGGGUUGCACAGGAGGAGGAGAGCGAGAAAUAGGAUCCCCAUGUGGGACAGCUGAAAAGAACAACGCGGAGUCGGAGGAAAAACCACCCAAGGAGGGCGAUCACCACGCGCAGGCCACGGUGUUCCAUCGACGCGUCAGAGCUGAACGGAGCCUCCACCUCGUUCGAAGCUCCACGCCGCUGAUCCCGAGUGUAUGUACACCACAUAUGAAGCUUCCAGGAGUACUUACACCCGCAGAGUCGGACACGGCCGCUUGCUCUCCUGCGGCGGACGGCCGCAGGGAAGGAGUGUGCGUGGGCAGGGGCCUCGCGCACCCUCCCUCGCUGCCUUCCUUUUGCUCUUUUUCUUCUUCCACGCCGUCCUGCACGACGCCGUCGUCCUCGGCUCCGCCGCCAUCAUCGUCUUCGGCGUCUCUGUUUGCGCCGUCUUCGCCGGCGUCGUGUGGAUCCUGCUCGUCGCCCGCGCGGCGCCAGAGCGCAGAGGCCAUUUCGCGGUCUUUCGCAGCCGCCAGUUUGUCGAGGCCCUGCACACUGGUGACGCAGGUCUCCGGGGGGCCUACCGCGCGCGGCGCCGAAGAAGAUGUAGCCUGCGGCGAAGCAAAGUCGGACAACCCUUCCGCCGGCGCACCGCAGCCGCACGAAACCGGGACUCUUGGUCAAGGAGGAACAGGGGGCCGAGAAUCCAGCAGGCUCCGCGCAGGUGGCGGGUCCGCCCCGCCGGCUGAAGGCGAGAGGGAAGAGACGCAAGGCAGCGAAGCGCUCACAGAGGAAGAAAGCAUCAUCAUGAGCACGGACGACGGGUACGUCGUCCUCUGUCUGUCCAGCGCGUGCCUGGGGCAGUCUCUCAUGCGGCUGAAGCGGCAGCUCCGCGACACCGCGAAAGUGCAAUUUAGGUUGAAGGCCGGAGACCACAUCACGCUCGCGUCCCACCGAACCGAGCCGCGGACUCUGGAAGCCAUCAAACGCUUCUACCAAAAAGUUUUCCACGGUCGUCGCGAGUUGUUGCUUCAAAGCACGUGGGACAUCGUACUCUUCCAGCUCGAGAAAAAGGCGUCUGACUACCGCACCGAGGGCAGGCAUCGCUUUGCAGAGAUCCUCCGCUUCCCUGCGUUUCUGCGCGUGUGCCCCACUUCGCCCUGUUCGGCUCCUUCGGCCUCGCCGCCCUCUGCGGACUGCGCGCCCGCGUACAGCUAG